AUGAAAGAUACAAAAGCUGUAUAUGUGACUACGUAUACGCUGGAUGGAAAUUUGAAAAGUUCAGACGAAAUCACAAACAGAAUAGAGAAAACUGAGACCAGUUUCGAAGCGAGUAAUGAGAGCACCAAGGACUUCGGAUGUCAGUACGAUAUAAAUAACAUAUGCACUUGUAAGAGGAUCAAGAGAAAAGAUAUUAGAUAUUAUUCAUCGCGUCAAGUUUACAGGACACAAAGAUAUUUAAGUACGAAAGAUUUUACUGAUAUAGGAGUUGGGGAUGUUAAGACUCUGCCCAGGAAGAGAGUGAGACGAAUAUAUUUGCCUUAUGCAGUUGACGCUGGGGUUGGAUCUUCAAUCUUUACUACAAUACCUAAUAGAACUCAAAACUUCUGUGGCAGUUAUUAUGAUCAAAAGAAAACAUCGUCGAAGUGUGUUGGGGGCUUAAUGGAAAACACAGAUAUUUUGGCAAUAAGUGUAAAAUUAUCACCAAUUGUGCAAACAAAAUCUGGCUCAAAUAGCCCUAAGAUUAUGAGUAUAGAACAAGUUAAUAAUGCUAGUACCUUAGCCAAUGAAUCCCCGAGUGACAAAACGGAACAACUUCAAGUACCGAGUAAUAAAUUAGAAAAAAAGGAACAAAUGAUUAACGCAGUAUCAGGUCUGGCUUUAAAAACUACUGUAGAUAACAAUAAACCUAAAAACAUGUUAGAAUCAUCUGUAGAUGAUGGAAAACCAAAACCUGUUAAUACAAGCAGCGACCGAAAAGAUUACUCAUCAGAUUCAUUAGUACAACACGUUCAUAACUUAGAAAACCCUAGCGACUACAAGCAAAGCAGAACUUCCAUCGAUUUUAUAGAAAACAAGCUGGAAAGGGAAUACAGAAAAAUAUUCUCCACUAAACCUAAAGACCACAAACCACAAGAAGAAAAGACGGCUUCAGAUUUUAAAAGCACCUCAACGCUGCGAAGACGAUUCGAAGCUUUACGGCGAGGAAUAAAUAAAAAGGAUGAACCUAAAACUGAUUUUGUUACAUUAAAAAUAUCCAGCCGAGUCAGUGUUCCGAGUAAGAAAGAUGUUUCCAUAGUAUCCGAUCCACCGUCAUUAGAAGCGAGAUCGUAUUCAAAUACAAAAAUAUUUAGUCCUUUGCAAUCUAGAACAAGUCCUAAAAAGAAGAAACUUCCAGUACAACCAUCACCUAGGAAAUCAUUUACAGGUAAAAGAUUGAUCAGCCCGAAUUGGUCUACUGACAACGUAGUUAGUGAUCAAGGAGUGAAGGGCAUGUUUAAAUUAUGGGGGAAAAAAUUUAACUUAGAUGAAAAUAACGUCGGUAGAGAAUCACGUGAAAAUAUUAAGAAUAAAGUCGAAAUUGUCAAAGAAGAGGUGCCAUCGAAAGAGAAGAAACAAGGAAAGAGAUUUUCAUUCUUUCGAAGAAAAAAUAAAGAGAAAUCUAAACAAGUUUACAAAUCCAAGAAAGGUGUGACAGCUGGUCGAUGCGAAGUGGAUGGUUUGAUGAUAAAAAUCGGUGCUGCAAAUGAAUAUCCCCCAGAACACACGAACGGUAGGUAUCGACGUAGACCAGUCGAAUUGGAGGGUAUCUUAAAAAAAUCGUGGUUACAGAGAUACGUAGAUAGCAGUGUCGAUUCAAAACACAGCGCUCAAAUAAGAUGGAAUAAUAACAUGUACACUACAAGCAGCAGCACGGUUUUCGAGUUAAUAGAUUGUGUUUACAAAAAUACAGGACUUAUUUUUAAAUCCAAAAGCGAAAUGACCACCGCGGAAUCUUCCUACUACCAGUCCUUUGUCAGUCCUCAAAUAAAUUUCAUGCAACAAAGCAUCCAAGCCUGGAUGAUACCUCAAAUAACACGCGAUAAACAAAUAAUAGCUUUGAAUAAUAACAAAAAAGAUAAUAGGAAGAUACAAGUAACAUACUCGAAUCAAAAAUGGUUUAUAGAGAAGUCUAAAGCUUUCGGACGCAAUAUAGAAGUGGUUUUACAUUCAAAGAACUUUGUGGAACACGAAAAAGGGGAUAGUUCUGAAUAUAUAAUGAUUGAUAUACCUGAAGGCUACUUCUCCGAUACAAGCAGUGAUGAAAUAGUCAGCCAGACUAGUGACGAACAAGUUUAUAACAUUGUAGAAUAUGAAACAGCUAAAUCCAAUUCCUAUGUUAAGAAAUAUAAAAAAGACAGCAAAAUGGAUACAGGAGAUUACGCAACUCGUGAUAUUCACGUCACAGUAAGCGUUAAGGACAGUAAAAAUAACGAAUCAAAUAUAUUGGAAACUGUUAUAAAGAGGCCGCCUUUACACCGGACGGUGGUCGUACAAGGUAGUAACGUGUAUGUACCAAAACGGUGUGACGUCAUUGGAGUAGGAAUUAUAACACAGCGGGACAUACGAGAUAUUAAAAAACCCAUCCUGAAAAUACAAGAUGAACUGACAGACGAUUCAGAACACACUUUGCCUCCUCAAAAGAAGUGCGAGUUUGCGGAAAGUUACUUACAAGAUUAUUAUCGAAAUUGGACGCCACUAGGAAUAGAUAUGUUUUCUUGGUGCGUGAGCGAUACUCAUUUGCGAGGUUCGUCUGAUUCAUGGAACAGUUUAAAUCAGGGCGACGGUUCGAAGUCCUGCCCAAAUAUUUUCGAUGAUUAUCAAGCAUCGACCAUUGUGUCCUCGUGCAAUACGUCUUCAUGUAGUCAUUGUCAAAACCUAGAAAUGGAACAGAAAUCAGAGGAUCACAGAAAGUGCAGACAAAUUUUUAAUUUUAAGAGAAAAAAGUCAGAUUUUCCAGAUAAUUUUUCGGAUGGAAAACGGGUGCUACCGAAAGACUCAUUGGAAGUGUUCAAACGACGAAAGCUUUAUGCUCUAAGUAAUAGAGCCAUUUGGAAGACCAUGGAAACAGGUUCUGAACCGAAUUGCGUACCAAGUAAUGAAGAUAGAGAGUGUCAAAAUUAUUCAAAUGAAUGUUUACCGGUCGCAUGUGAUAAGAAACCGAAAAAAGAAUGUAAGAAACACGUAUCGAUGCCCAGCUGCGAUGUUUUGAACGACUUAUUAAAUGAACAGCUGUCGAAAAAAUGUGCUGAGGGAAUCCUAGCAUUUAAAGGUGCAGCAUGUGAUGGUUGCAAGAAGAGUGACUGUCUCCCAAAACACGCUAGAGUUAUACCAGCACCAACUUGUACAAUGCCUCAUCACCCUGUUGAAGAUCCUUGUACGAUAAAGCGGAUACCAACUUGCUUUAAGACUCCAGCACCCUGUGACGUAAGCCCUGAGGCGCCGCCCUGUGCUGUAACGCCGCCUUCACCACGACCUUGUUCGCCGCCUUCACCACGACCUUGCCCGCCACCUUCUCCACCAUGUAUAAAGAAACCACCGUGUUCUCCUCCACCAUGUGUAAAAAAACCACCGUGUCCUUCUCCACCAUGUAUAAAGAAACCACCGAGUCCUUCUCCACCAUGUAUAAAGAAACCACCCUGCCCUUCUCCACCCGUUGUUAAAGUACCGCCAUGCGCAAUUUCUAAACAAACAUCUCCUAUUAACCCCCCCUGCAGUCAACCCAGAGUUAUACCACCAAAAGUACAUUCUCCACCACCAAUGGAAUUAGCACAGAGGCCUUGUUCUUGUUCACCCAAGCCACAGGAUUCACAGUGUAAUACUCCGACUUGUUUAAUAAGAAAAUUGUCUCAAAGUUCUUCUAUAUGUCUACCCGAGCCGCCAUGUCAAGUUCCUCAACCGUGUGUAGUUCCAGACCCACCCUGUAUUACUCCUCAGCCACCUUGUAAGCUGCAUCAGAGCUGCUGUUCGUCUGAAUCCCUUUGUGCUAAACAUCAUUCUACCAGAAAACGUUCGACGUCAUGUCAAUCCACAUCUCCUAUACUUAAAUAUAGAAAAUGCCCAAGUCAAGAAUUCCCUUGGCCAAUGAAGAACCAAUUGUCCAAUACGCCAUCUCGAGAAUCAAGAUUAAGCAACCGGAGUUCAGGUUCGUGUUUGGACGUAAAACCACCCAGCUGUCCAGCGAAAGAAACAAAAAAACCAAAAUGUCCACCAGCGCCAAAAGAAUGUCCCUCACCACCUCCAAAGCCAUGUAAACCAAAAAUACCUGGCCUUCAUCUGAAAAAGUUACCAAUACCAAAAUGUCCAUCAAAGGAUUGCUAUGAAGGUGGUGUAAUACGAUUAAGUUCCCGUGAAAACAUUACCGUGAAGUUGAAACGCCCAACUGAUAGUACCGAGGAAAUAAGAGGCGCUUGUAACAUAAAAGUUCAAGACGAAGAUGGACGGACAAUGUACGAAAGACGAAACUAUCAUCGCGAGAGCAGGAUAAAUGUAGUAAAAGACUUGUACAGAGAUUCGACUAUACAUAGAGUUACGACCGAAGAUACCGAUAUACCAGAUGAAAACCUAUUAGAAGAGAAAAUAUACAAUAGCGUACCGAACAUCAUUGAAAUAAACUUGAAUUUAAAAUUCAAACAAGGUGAAAGGAAGAAAAAUCAGUGCGAAAAUUGUAGCGUCGCUCAGAAAGAUUUGGAACAAAUAUCUGACAUACAACAUGAAGGCUCUAAGGACGUGUAUCUUGUACAAGAUCAGCAGAAAGCAGCCAGAGGCAAAUCUGGUAAAAAAGACCUGGAUAUAAAAAUUACAAUAAAGAACUUCAAACCGGACACAAUUCAAACGAAUCAAACCGCUAAUUGCGCCAAAAUAGACGCUGACGAAUUUUCAAAGAAUAUAUCGAAAAAAUUCCAUACAGUAUCAACUGGUUACAGCGAAGUGUUCGAACAUAAAGCAUUUUCUGUACACAGAACGACGAUAAACUUAACAGAAUCUACAGAAUAUAAAAAACAAAACAAAACUUCCGAAGUGUUACCUACAAAGGAGACAUUAGAGAAAAAACAAACAAAAGAAAUGGAAUCUGAUGUGAUAUUAACGAAAGAUUCCACAACUAUAAACACUGCGAGCUCAUUGGAAAAAUUCACUGAAAGCGUAAACAUUAAUGAGGAAAAGACAUAUGGAACUAAUGAUGAGAAAUUCGACACCGGCUCUACAACUAGCGCGAACGAAUUCGCUACUAACUCAGAUGUAAAACCAAAAUCAAUCGACAGUAUACCCAAAAUACACGACAAGGAAGAAAAGAAGGCGGUUUUGAAAGCAAUAUUCGAAAACUCUGACAAAAUAAAGAAGAAACCCAAUAAAAGUAAGAUGGAAAACAUCAAGAAGAUGCUGCGAGCAGUUUUAACAUCCGAUAGCAGUGCUCAUGAAGAUAUAGCAGUUAACAAUGAACUGGCUAACGAGCUUACAUAUGCUUCACUAAAACCCACUUACUUUAAGAAUUCAGAUAGUUUGACGAAUUAUUACCUAUACGAUAGCUCAACUUCCUUAAACAAGAACAGUCAUUCUGAUGUCGAAGAAGCUGUUUAUCCAUCUAGUGAUAAUACUGAUGCCAGUGACGAUUCGCCAACCACUGGUGGAUGUCUCUGUAGCCAUUUUGCCGCUAAAUUAAACAUCCCUGACAAAAAUUGCUGUUGCUGUCGACCAGACAAAGUGGAUCAGGAAAUCUUUUGUAAUCUCAUAGAAGAUAACUAUUAUAAAUACAAACCCGAAUACGUGGACGUACAUACACAAGAUUCGAAAUAUUUGAACGAAGAUGCGAAAUCAAAUUAUACAAAUAAGAUAGAUUAUGUUGACGACAAAAUGAAAUAUAACAGAACUCAAAAGGCUUUUAAACGGCAAAUAGGUCUUCAUCCACGUGGAAUAAAAACCUCUCACAUUAAACGAGUGCACAGAGCAACAGUUCUUGGCAUUUCAGAUGACGACAAAAUCAUAGUUCUAAACUCCAACAGUGAGAGCUAUAUACGAAAAUCUAAAAGAAUCAAAGCCGAAGAUAUUCUACAAUCGCAGGAAACUAAGAAGGCAGUUUUGGAAAUAUACGCGGAGAAGACUAUAUCUAAUGAACGUAUUGUUGCUAAAUUACCAAAGUUUGUGUACAACAAGGAGAGCGAGAUUUGUCACUACCACGAGGUCGUCUCCGGACGUGGUCGUUCCACCAUCAGCAAACGGGAUGUGGUCGUAAUGUCCUUCAUAUAA